CAUGGGAUGCCAACUGCCCUAAAACCCUGAAAUAGAAGAAGAACUGGCGGUUUCCCGAAAUUCUUUGGUCGCAAUCGCUUCAUCUGUAACAAUGGCGGCCGCCCUGAGAGGAAGCUUGGUAACAUUGGUCAAGGGCCUGAGCGGCCCCCGGUGGCAGCAGCUGGCCUCUCGACCAUUGAGUGUGUCUGCUGCUUUGUGUGGCCCAGAAGCCCCACCCGCCCGUGCUGAUGCUACCUUCAAGGUCACAAUGGUGCCAGGGGAUGGAGUGGGACCUGAGCUGAUGACUGCUGUCAAGGAAGUGUUCAAGGCAGGAGAUGUCCCAGUAGAAUUUGAGGAGUUUCACCUGAGCGAGGUACAGAACAUGGCCAGUGACGAGAAGCUGGAGCAAGUGUUAACCUCAAUGAAGACCAACAAAGUGGCAAUGAAAGGAAAGAUUCACACACCCAUGGAAUUUAAAGGGGAGCUGGCUUCAUACGAGAUGAGACUGAGGCGUAAACUGGACCUGUUUGCUAAUGUGGUUCAUGUGAAUAGCCUGCCGGGCUACAGCACUCGCCACAACAACCUGGACCUGGUCAUCAUCCGCGAACAGACCGAGGGGGAGUACAGCUCCCUGGAGCACGAGAGUGUGACAGGUGUGAUCGAAUGUUUGAAGAUCAUCACCAGAGUUAAGUCACGGCGCAUCGCCAAGUUCGCUUUCGAUUACGCCACCAAGAAGGGACGAAGCAAGGUCACAGCUGUUCACAAGGCCAACAUCAUGAAAUUAGGUGAUGGCCUGUUUCUGCAGAGCUGUGCAGAGAUUGCCCAACUGUACCCCAAAAUCAAAUAUGAGACCAUAAUCAUUGAUAACUGUUGCAUGCAGCUGGUCCAGAACCCAUACCAGUUUGACGUGCUGGUGAUGCCCAACCUGUACGGUAACAUCAUCGAUAACUUGGCAGCGGGGCUGGUUGGAGGAGCAGGAGUUGUUCCUGGGGAAAGCUACAGUGCAGAGUAUGCUGUGUUUGAGACUGGUGCACGCCACCCAUUUGCACAAGCUGUAGGAAGGAACAUUGCCAACCCUACAGCCAUGCUGCUGAGUGCUGCUAACAUGCUCAGGCACCUCAAUCUGGAAUAUCACUCCCAAAUGGUGUCAGAUGCUGUCAAGAGGGUCAUCAAACAGGGAAAGGUACGGACACGAGACCUUGGCGGGUACUGUACCACUGGCGACUUUGUGUGUGCUGUUGUGGAAAACCUGCGUCACCAACCUGUUAACUGAGCUGUAUCGUCGCACUCCACACUGAUAUUUCCUUAAAUCUGGACGUUGUUCUUAACAUGAACUGGACGCAUGUUAAGACUCACCUCUCAUUGCCAGAUGACAGUUGUGCCACACAUUUUUGACAAACGCCAUCAGUUGCGUCAUAAUACAUUAUAUAUGGUUUAUACCGGAUUUGCUAAAAGAUCCAGUGGAAUCAAUGGUGCCUUGUGUUGUAAUUUACUAAAAUAUGUGCAGUUCACGAGGCUUCCUCUCAUGGAUUUAUAUCAUAUCUAUAUUAUCUUCCCUCAUAUUAACUGUCCAUCACUUUGCAUCUUCUACUGUUGCAGUUUUUAUUUGACUGAUAGAGAUCAUCUUUUUACUCAUUCUGAGGGACCUUUGUGUCUACUUAUUUUGAUGUCUUGGUGCUUGUUGCAUCAACCAUGUUGGCCAUACAGACUACCUCUCUGCUAUCACACAUACAGUCUGUAAAGCAACCAGUUUAUAUUGGCUGAUCUGCUUUUGCCUCACACUUCAGCAGCAACUUACCUCACUUUUAUCUCAUUUGCACAUUGUAAAUCAAUAUACAGUAUGGUAUCACUGCUACAUCAUGAUCAAAUAAGACCGUAACAUUUCCGACCUACAAAUGUGUUCACGUUUUUAAUAAAACUCUGUUCUGCCAUUUCAGUGCUGUAAAGCCAGCAGUUUUUUUGCAGUGAGUUACUGUAUUGCAAAGGCAAACCUGUCCUAAUGUUUGUUGCUGGAGAUUAUCAAUACAAAUGAUAUUUUAACAUUAGCCUUUCAAGAAAACCAAAAAUAUUAUACUUUGAGGUAUUACUCCAUUGACGGAGUAAAAAAAAAACCUGGCAGGUGUUAUAACCAAUUUAGAAAUGGUAUAAUCAUUUAUUUUACAGUUUAAUAGCCACAGAAAAUCUCCCUUUAUGAUUGUCACAUUUCCCCUAAAGCCAGUCCUCUAUUCAUUGUGAGUAUCAUCUUAGUUUUUAGUUUUGAACCAAAAAAUGAAUUGUCAUACUUUUGAAAUAUUUAUAUAUCAUUUCCAAGGACUCCUAAAAACAAGUUUUGUAUAAGCUGGUGCUGCUCAUUCCCACAGAACUUUUCAUGCCACCAAUGCUGAAAGAGUUUAAAACACUGUUCGGUCUCCUCACUUUGGCUGUCAUGCUUUUUUUCUUACUGUGCUACAAUUUAAGACUUCAAGUAGUCGGUUAACAAGAAAUAAAGUAAGAUAAGUCACUGAACUCUUGUUUUGACCUUGUAGUGCAAUCUACUUUGUUUUUUUACUUUCUAGAGAAUGUACCACCACCAGUGUAAACUGCAUCAUGUCCUUUUUUAUUUUUUGUUCAUGAGAUUUAGUUUCCCUGAUUAGGGAAUAGUUUUCACUAAUGAAUAUGUUAUGGAGAUUUCAUACCUGCAACUUCUCAAAAGUGUGAUGUCAUUUUGAAUAAAUAAUCUGUCUUUUCUUAAUAGUCACGGUUGGACUGAAUGAUGUUUUUAUGGUUCAAUAACUAAUAAGACUAAACCUAUGUUGGACAAUGGCAGUGUGUUUCAUCUAUUGUUGACAUUACUACUGUAUCCGGUUUUAUAGACGUACCUUAUGUGACUAAUAUAUUUAAAUUCUCAGCCUGCUAAAGAUUAAAAUGUGAGAAAAUAAAGAAGAGAACAUAGCUUAGGAAAUGA